AUGACUUUCCUUCCUUCCUGGGUCUGUGUACUAGUUGGUUCCCUUUCUUUUUCUUUAGCAGGAGACUUAAAUUUUUUAGAUCUGUAUCCUCCUUUGUGGAAGGAGAGUCCUGGUCAGUUCAGUGACUACCCAGUGGAGAAUGGAACAUACAUUAUCAAUCCCUGGAUAUUCCCUGAAAGACUCGGGAUGUAUAAAAUUCUAUUGAACCAAACAGCCACUUAUUUUGAAAAAUUCGCUUCAGGAAAUGAGCAAAAUCUUUUAUGGGGAUUGGCUUUGCAGCAUGGUUGGCAAUAUAGUUCGGGCAGAUUAGCUGAUCCCAGCCAAAGGACAGACUGUGGCUAUGAAUCUGAUCAUCUGUGCAUCUCUGUGGACAGUUGGUGGGCUGAUUUAAAUUAUUUUCUCUGUGUAUUGCCGUUCCUUGCUGCGGUGGAUUAUGGCAUCCUGGGGAUAUCAUCAGAUCAAGUCAGGCUUCGGCCACCACCUGUGGAUCAGAAGAGGUUUUGCUAUGAUGUAUCUGGCUGCCUUUUAUCCUUCCCUGAGAUAAUGAACAAGUGGAGUGACUUUUACAAGUAUGUGCAUUCACCUUCUAGUACCUUUGAAGACAUAUUGGAAUACUUAUGGGUUGCACAUAUCUUCACCCUGAAUAACAUUUUCAACACAUUUGAUGAUAGAUAUGUCUACUAUUCUAAACAAGAAGCAAAAUUUGAGAAGAACUGGGUUAAUGCUGUGGAAUAUAUAGGCGCUGCCCGCAUUCCUACAACUUUCAUUAGAGUAUAUGAGUCCCAGAAGGGCCUGCCACCACGAAUUCUUAGUAAAAUGGACACAGCCUCUGGAAUCAGUGACUUUACUGCCCUACAGAACACAGUCCUGUCAGGUCUAAGUGUUCUUGGCACAGUGAGUAAACUUACAGGUGAGAAUUUUAAAAGAAUACUUGACAAAAAUCAAGACCAUGUUGAACAGACAUUGGUGAACUAA